AUGCGGUUAUCCUUCAUCGCUGCAUGCCAUCUUGUUGCUACUACUGUCCUUGCCCACCAGACACCGCUUGUACCCUCCUUGUCUCCUGAGCCAUGUGCCCAAGUCAGUGCCGUCGUCAGCGCUUCCAGUGCGUCUUACUUGGCCGCCAACCCUACCGGUACUACUCCUCCAAGUACGAGUACAGCGACGGUUGACGGCGCUCUUUUCCACGCAUGUCUACAAUCCAUUCCGCUAAAUCAAUCCGCGGCUCUAGAUCUGAUUCACGCAUUGGAACCAUAUAUCGAGCUUCAAUCGACAUUGGAAUACCUAUCCGCGCCCCCUGGCGACGACUGGCAACAUCCCCCCGUCGACAUAAAAGCGUCUCUGCGAUCCCUCGCCGACGACGUCGUGUCUGGUAGGUAUAUAUCCGAAUAUAGCUUCCAGACCUCCCUGUACAAGACCUUCCUCUCGGCCCAUGAUGCUCAUUUCAACUUCAUCCCGGACCUAUUUGGUGUCGGCUCGUUCAAGAUACCCGGGGCAAGUCUCGUAUCGGUAGUCUCGCAGGAUCCCAGUCCUCAUCCACAUUCAGACUCAAUAUCGCAGUCAGAGGGAAAACACCGCUGGGUCGAGGUAUAUUUUGUAUCCGAUGUUCUCGAAAUCAUCGUUGAUGCCGACGACGAGAUCAAUGCGAUCCCUAUGCUUUCGUGGAUCGACGGCAGCAAGCGGCACGCGAAUGCUCACGCCCAGGAUCCAUCGCUGAUAGCAAGCAUCAACGGCGUUCCAGUGUCUGACUUUCUUCUCUCCAUGAGCCUCAAUCAAUCUUCAGCAAUCCCCUUUCACGAUCCCCACGCAGCAUACAAUUUCCUGUUUUUUGAGAUUUCGCAAUUGAAUGAUUUCGACCUGUCGGCAAAGCAAGGCGCGUUUCCGAAUCCGGUUUUCUACCCUGGUCCGGAGACUGUGUUUGGAUUUGCCAACGGGACGACCGUACGUAUUCAAACGGUCGCGGAGGUCCAUGUCGGUUUCGACGGAGUGUACGAUGGGAGAAGUGCGUAUGAGAAAUUCUGUCACCAGAAAAAGAAGAAGAAGAACAUGAGCGAGAUUGUGUCGCAGAGCACAUCAAUAGCAGCAGAAGUUGCGUCGGAUACACAGGUUUAUCUGAAUAGCUCGAAAGGCGAUGACGAUGAGCAUCAGCAUGAACAUCUGAGACCGGCACCACCAGCAGAGUCCGGAUCUGAAUAUUUCAUCACCACUCUGCCAUUCUACCCGCCGUCGCCCAUCGUGACGGACAAAAAGGGGAGGAUGACAGGAUACUUUUUAGAAGAUGAUGGUUUCAACGAUACGGCAGUCCUUGCCAUUCUCGACUUUAGUGUCAUGGAUGACGAUGACGACGACGACGACGAUACUUCCGCUGGGUUUCAGCAUACACUCGCCAAGUUCUUGGAUAAGUGCAAGUUCAACUCUGGUGCCAGCCCCAGGACAAAAUUGAUCCUUGACCUCUUCGGCAACGGCGGCGGUACGCUCGAGCUGGGAGUGGACGCAGCGAGACGUAUAUUCCCGAACGUCGGGUACGAAGUGUACGGUAAUAUGCGUGCGUCAAAUGUGCUGAGGGAUCUAGGCGUGGGGUACGACGAGUAUUCAGGUCGGGCUUCUCGUACUGGCAGGACCAGUGGCACGACACAGGACCAUCACGCGAAGGAUGAGGACACUGGGCCGCACGACAGGGGCGAGAGCGGGACCGGGACCGGGAGCUUAUUUGAUGUUCGGUCCCUUCUUGACGUGGAUGGAACGGCGUGGUCGUCGUGGGAUGACUUUUACUCGUACCGGGACGGGCGUCGUGAUUCUUGUAUGACGGAUCGAAAUGGGGAAUGUGGAACCGGAGGCCAAGGGCUGAGGCAGGUAACGGCUCCUUUCAGGAUCAAUUGUACGGCGACAGCUCCACGUGGGAUCCAGCGUCGUAUGGCGGUUGAGGAAGAGGAAGAGGACCAGGACGAGCAUGGGGAUGAGGAUGGACCUAUCCCGACUAAACCGGUCUUUGAACCGGAGAACGUCGUGGUUCUAACCGAUGGCUUUUGUGGCAGUACAUGUGCCGUCUUUGUCGAGUUGCUCCUGUCAACUCAUAUCCGAACCGCCGGUACCAGCGGUGAGGGUACAGGACGAGGACCCGGUACUGUAAGGAGUGUGGUUGUCGGCGGAAUCCCAACGGCAGCCGAUCACGGUUCACUGACCAGAAGUGCAGGGGGGAGGGAGAUGGAGAUGCAAGUCGUGGGGACCACAAAGGGCGCUGCGUUCUGGAGCUUCAGUGAGAUUCUCGACGUCGCACGGCAGAAGACGAAGAACGAGACGAGUGGUGCUGCGGCGGCGGCGGCGACGACGACGAUUUUGGAGGACGAGGAUCAACAUCGUCUCAACGGAUCGGGAUUCAGAUUCACGGACCUCCCGCUUCGAAGAACGUGGAAUCCUGGCGCCGCGGGGGUGAAUGGCGUGAACCACCUGCGCUACGAUACAUGCCAGGAGGACGAGAAGAUGCGAAGAAGAAGCAUGGUACCUCUGCAGUUCGUACGCACAGAAGCCGACUUGAGAAUCUUCCCGACAAAGGAGACGGUGGUUGACAAGCGAGCCUUGUGGAGGAGAGUCCGUGAGGUUGGGUUUCGGGAAUGA